AUGGACAGGGAUCGCGAGCGAGACAGAGACCGAAGAGACGACAGGUACUCGAACACAUACCGUCCGCGUUCGCCUGGCCUUCGCCCACGCUCGCCUCCACGCGGAGACAGCUACCGUGCUCGCUCGCCCCCUCCCCGCCGCGGUUCGCCGCCUCCUCGCCGUGGAUCACCUAUCCGACGCGGUAUAGCAUCUGCUGAUACAUAUGUUCCUGGUGGUCGCUCUUCUCGUCCUCGUAGCCGAUCGCCUGCAUUUCGAAGACGAUCUCGUAGCCCACGUCGCGAUGACAACUGGAGGGCACGUCCUCGAUCGCCUCCUCGCCGAGCAUUCUCACCUCGGCGCGAUGACUACAGGAGCGAGAGAGCAAGGUCUCCUCCACGAAGGGACCGAGACCGAGAUCAGUACGAUUCGUACACGCGCUCUCCACGUCCCCGCGAGAGGUCUCCACUGCCCAGGGAGCGCGAUGUGUCACCUGCUAGAAGCCGAGGAGUGCGCUCUCCUGUUCGUCCCAGUCGGUAUGAAGAACCCCGCUCGCGAGUCAAUAGCCCUCCUCGCCGCUACUCUCCUGUCCGCGACUAUAGGCGCCGUUCGCCUUCCCCGAGGCGCGAGCGUGUCGACCCAUACACAGCAGAUACCUGGAGAAGUCGCAGGUCGCCUUCCCCUAUACGACCCACGUACCCUUCAAAUGAAGCAUCGGGCAGAGACUCGGCUGCAACCUCGCGUCGCUCCUCACCGCCGCCUAUCCACCCCAGCCGAGCUGCACUUGUAGAGGACAGGCCCGUCAGGGAACCCGCGUCGGCGCCGAGAUCACCGUAUCGUGAGCGCAUCCCCGAUAGGAGCCGAGACUUCAGUCGUGAGCGGGAGCGGUCACCUCCACGCCGUAGGGAUAGUCCCCCCACUGGACCACGCGUUGAUAGGGACUUCGCGCCUCCCACUGGGCCAUCUUCUUCCUACCGCAACGGAGACAGCAACUUUGCUAGGGCGCCGCCGACAGGGCCUUCCAGUCGGAGCUAUCCCUCCCCUGCCAUUUCCCCACCAGUCGGCCCAUCUAACUCAACACCACAACCGCCCACGUUCCCCCGAGGAAAUAACCCCGUUUUAGCAGCGCCAACGCGGCCGCGUGGUGGAGGCCGAGGUUUCGGCGGCUAUGAAGGACGAGGAGAUUUCUCUAGUCCACCUUCACGUCGAGGUUCUUGGGCGUCAGGACCGCGAGGAGGCUACUACGGCGGCGCACCGUCCGGACCCAGGGGAUCCAGCAGUGGCCCUGGAGGACCAGCACCUUUUGCUGCUUCAUUCCGUGGCUCCAACAACUCUACGGCUACAACGUAUCCCCGUACCAUGCGCUUCCGCGAUCAUCUCGCUGAUCUCCCCAAGGAGAUCCCUGGUGGCCAAAAAGCUCCUGAGAUGUAUGACAAGAGCAAGAUCUUGAAGCUCGAGGCCGAAGCGCAGAAGUUGAGAGAGAUGAUUGAUAGGAAGGAAGAUGCGAAGAGGCAAAAGCUGAAAGAGUGGGACAAUCUUGAGCGUGAAGCUGAGACAGCCCAACUGCGAGUUGAUUUAGCCGAGAGUUCUCUGAGGGGCUUGAACGGUGAGGCCGAUGUUAGUGAUGCUUUCUAG